AUGCCUGCAAAAAGUUUUACUCCGAGCCCAGACGAGUGGAUCAAGCUCUAUACUCUCUCCCUCUUCUCUAACGCCGUUGCCAACCGUCAGGGAACAGAAGCCGCUUUGCAGCAAUGCAUGGAAGACAUAUUGCCGAGUGAGAUAGAAAACCUCGACAAUAGCUGGGCAUUAUCCUGGGGUCCCCGCGUCUACAAAAAGAACAAGCUGGAUAUUCACAACGGCCCAGACAAUGUGUGGUAUGCCGCUGUCAAUGAGAGCGAAAAAGUCGUCGUCGUGGCCGUUGCGGGCACCUCGACCAAGUCACUGCAGGGCUGGGUCAUAAUUGAUUUCAACGUGGCCCAGACGGUGGACUUUGAGGAAUGGACCGGGACUUGGACCUCUGACGAGAUUCCCAAGCCCACACACAGUCGUCCCGAGGCGGAGCCUGCCGCUCGAGCUGCCAUGGGAACGUGUGUGGGUGUCUGGAACGUGGUCAGCCAUACCUCGAGCGCGACUGCGCCUGGCACCACCAUUGGCCAGUACUUGGAAACUAUGAAGGAUUAUACCGUUAUCUUCACCGGGCACAGCAUGGGUGGUGCCGUUGCCCCUCUCACUGCUCUAGCACUGCGCCAGUCACAGAUUGUGCCAACCAACAGCACCUGGUAUAUUCUCCCUUCUGCCGGAGCCACGCCUGGAAACCAAGAACUAAUCGACAUGAUGACCGCCCAAUUUCCACCCGGCCCUUUACCCAGUCCACCAACAAAACAAUACGCCGUCUUUAAUAGAGACUUGUACAAUACCCUCGACGUGGUCCCGCAGGCCUGGUCUCUGGACCCGUCGUCUGACCGCAACGUGAACAAGAUCAAUCAGAUUUACGCCGGGAUCGGGGAACUCGCAGCCGGCGAUGUCAAGCGGUUGGUCAAUGAUCUGGCGGUGCUGUCUCGCGUGUCCGGCAUCAAGUACGUGCCCAUCGCGGGCGUACCCUUUACCCAGGAUCCCUUUGACGCAGGAUCUAUCGAGACUCUUGACGACGUAGCCAGACAGGCCGUGACUGAGCAUGUCAAGGCAUAUCUGGAUUACUUUGGCAACACGGAUGCAAUAACCAGGUUCUCUGACAGACUUCGAGCGCAUCCUGGGGUCAAAGGUGCUGUGCUUCAGAUGGCAUCGUCCGCGCAAGCGGGAGAGAUGAGCGACGGCAAGGUCAAGUUGGGACAGGAAGCGGCUGUGCAUUCUCAUAGUAUUGGGAUAGGCUCAAAUGUCAUUUGA